CUGUUAUUGUAGUAGAUUAUAAGGAGGAGAGAAAAAAGUUCGCUCCUGAAGAAAUUAGUGGUAUGAUACUGUUAAGAAUGAAACAAGCAGCUGAGACUUAUCUUGGUUGUGAAGUGGAUAGUGCAGUGAUUACUGUUCCAGCUUAUUUUAAUGAUGCUCAGCGCCAAGCUACUAGGGUGGCAGGCGUGCUAGCAGGUUUAAAAGUUUCGAGAAUUGUUAAUGAACCCACAGCAGCUGCUUUAGCUUACGGACUGGAAAGAAACUUGAAGGGAGAAAAAAAUGUGUUGAUCUACGAUCUGGGGGGCGGAACUUUGGAUGUUUCUAUACUCACCAUCGCAGAAGGAUCACUUUUUGAGGUGAAAUCCACCGCUGGCAAUACUAGACUUGGCGGAGAAGACUUCGACAACAGACUUGUCGCGUAUUUCGCAGAAAACUUUCGCAAAACAUAUAACAUUGACAUAUUGGGACACCCUCGAGCGUUAAGGCGACUGAAAUCUGCAUCUGAAGGGGCAAAAAGAUUUCUCACUUCAGCUACAGAAGCCACGGUUGAUGUGGAAUCUUUAUACGAUGGCAUAGAUUACCGGGGGAAAAUAUCCAGAUCUUUAUUUGAAGAGUUGUGUUCAGAUCUGUUCAGAGAUACCCUUGUGCCUGUACAACAAGCCUUGAAAGAUGCGAAAAUGACUCACAAUGAUGUAAAUGACAUCAUUCUUAUUGGUGGAAGUACUAGGAUACCAAAGAUCAGGAGUAUGUUGACCGAAUUUUUCCAAAAAACCUUGACGACUUCCAUUAAUCCUGACGAGGCUGUCGCUUACGGUGCAGCGAUACAAGCAGCUAAAUUGUCUGGAGAAAGUAAUGAGAAAAUUCAAGAUCUAUUGCUCCUCGACGUGGUCCCUUUGUCGUUAGGCGUGGAAGCUGCUAGAGGCAUGAUGUACAAAGUUGUUGAAAGAAACACGCCCAUACCUUGCCGGCACACAAAGGACUUAACAACUUUAGAUGAUUAUCAGGUAUCUAUGACUAUUGAAGUCUUCGAAGGAGAGAGAACAUUAACCAAAGACAACAAUUUACUUGGCGUAUUCGAUCUUAAUGGUAUACCACCAGCACCUAGAGGUAUAGCUAAAAUUGACGUGACUUUUGAUUUAGACGCGAACGGUAUUUUGACUGUAUCGGCUAAAGAUCGAAGCACGGGCAAUAGUGAGACAAUAGUGAUUAGAAAUGAACACAGGCUCACCAAAGAUGAGAUAGCCAAAAUGUUAGAAGAUGCAGAUUUUUUUAGAGAAGAGGACAAAGAACGCAAACUGUGUUUGGAAGCGAGGAAUCAACUGGAGAACUACGUCUAUCAAGUGAAGAAUACUGUAUCGGAAAAGGGUGAAACAAUGUCAAUGGAAGAAAGAGUCGUAAUGGACAAUGAGUGUGAAGAAGCUAUGUCAUGGCUGGAUAAGAAUACGGAUUGCCUUCGAGAGGAAUACGAGAGGAAGAUGACAGAACUGAUGAAGAGGUGGUCGGACAUUUUGAAGCAAUUUUACGCUCAUGUUUUAAGGCACAGAGCGAAAAGGCAGAGAUGUGACACAUAUCAAGCGACGUCAAUUGAAGAAAUACACGAAUAACUAUGGUAACUAUAUUGUGUCGGUCUGAUAGUGAUAAUAACAAAGAAAUAGUUAUGAUACACAAAAAGACAUCUGUCGCAGUUAUUAUUUGUGAAAUUAUUUCUACCGUGAACUUCGUUUCGUCUGCAAUUUCAAAGAACAAGCGUCGCAAGGCAGAAAAUCUUCUAUGUAUCGCUGUUUAAUCACCUUUAUAUAAAACCUUUACAUUAAAUAAACAGUAUUUUUGACAAUUGUUUAGGUUUAAGUGGCCUGCUGUCUUCAGACUUGUAUAGUUAAUAUUAACUCGAUUUCUAAAGACUAACCGAUUAUCGGAGUGGACGGUAGAAGUAACAUCAUGCCAUGACAGACAUGCCAUCAAAUUCGUUUUAAAGUUCAUAUUAGAGUGCCUAUUUUUACUUGUGAAUAUGUGGAUAGUCUUCUUAGACGCUGUCCUGUAAACAUAUAUCUAGAAGUAUAUGUAGUGUUUCAAGUCUGCUCAAUUUAUUAAAAUACUUAAUUAUUUGGUAUGAAUAAUGUUUGUAUUUGUAAUGUUGUUCAAGAUGUAUAUAAUAAUAAUAAUAAAUAAUGUUUUCUGUUAGUAAUUAUGAAUCUCUGUUUGAUAUAAAUUUAGGUAGUAUUUUACAAUUUGACACUUUCUCUGAUUAGGGGUCUAAUUAUUGAUUAUAUUAGUAAAUGCAUUAAUACUUAAAUUAUCGUUAAUUUCAAGCCUCUUCAUUGAUAUCAAGUUUUCCGAUGUUUCUAGUAUUGAUAUAUAAGUAUGUUCUUUUAUGAUCUACCUCUAAGUACUUAUGUAUGUAUAAAUUAUAAUGACAAUAAAAACAUUUACUAAUUUUAAUCGUACUUGCUCUCUUAUGUACUUAUUAUUUACCUAUUUUAUUUAAUUUUCACCUACUUUCGUCAUAUAAGAAGAAAACUUUUAUUAAAAUAAUCAAAACCAUUGUGUUGAAAAGUUGAAUGGCACUCGGAAGUAAUCCGUAGACAAUUUGUUUGUUUACAUAAAAAAAAAAUGUUAGCACUACACUAUUGUUGCGGAAGUUAAAAAAGAAAUAACAAAAAAAAAAGUCUUUUUUCUGUCUUGUCUGUGUGUGUGAUCAUGGAUUUAAUAAGUACUUAUAUUUCCUUUCCGAUGUUUUUCUACACCGAAAGCGGGUAUAUGAUGAUAGUCUUUAUGUAAUUCCGGCUACACACUGUCGCCGCACUCGGACACAUGCCGACGCGAUUGCACGAAUAUUGCGUAUUUAGUACGAGUGUUUCUAUUUACUGCAAUGAAAAACCAGCAAUGUAUGCCGAAUUCGCCAAACUCGGUGAACUGGUCCGCGACGCUGUGGAGCAUAACAUAUCGGACUGAUAAUGUGGAAAUCCUAUUAAUAUUAUAAAUGCCAAAGUUUGUGAGGAUGUAUGUAUGUGUGUAUGUUUGUUACUCUUUCACGCAAAAUCUACUGAACUGUUUGUUAUGAAAUUUAGUACACGGGUAGAAUAUAACCUGGACUAACACAAGGGGUACUUUUAAUCCCGAAAUUCCCACGGGAGCGAAGCCCCUGGGCGCAGCUAGUAUUCCAUAAUCUGUGAUGAUAAUACUGCAACUUUUCGUAUAGGUGCUCAACCCCGAAAAAAUAUCUGGUAUUCCUUACAAAAUUAAGAAAAACUUAUGAUUUUCUUCUGGUAGUACAUUUCAAUAUACUUAUAAUAAUAAUGCAAUGUCAUCCAAAUAAGCUUUAAGAGCGCGCACAUAUUUUUAAGCGAGGCAAAACAUUUCAACUCAAUCGGUUGAAGAUAUAUCUGUUUCAAAAUUUAGUUGCAAAAUUAAAUAAAAGCUUGUAAAAAUAUGUAUA